AUGUCCAGCUACCUACAGCCCCUCCCAUCUUUCAUGAACAGCACCGUUGCAAGGUGGGCUUAUGUCUCCCUUGGAGCCAUCGCCAAACUCCCCGGUCACUUCAACCGAUCUGCCCUGGAAGCUCCAUGGGCAACAACAGACAUUUCCGACACUGGUCUUUCGCAGACCCUGGAGUACCUCAGCACCACUGACUUCGUCGCCUACGAUCCCAAGUUCUUCGACAUCCUCGGCCCCAACGCAACAAUCGAACACCUGUUCUUUGUCGAAUGGGGUCCGCCCGGCGGCGACAUGGGCAAUGGCACGCAUUCCUGGCAGUACAUGCUUGACUUGGAGACGAAUGCGCUGAGGAAGAUCACGACCGAUCCGCCCACGUAUAAUGCACAUGGGUGUGUCUUCUACAAUCACUCCCUCUACCUUGUCACGGAUGGGCAUGGGGACAGCCAAACUGGCCAGCUGGUCAGGGUCGAUCCGCAUACGCUAAAACAGGAGACUCUGCUUAACAAUUACCUUGUUCAGCCGUUUGCUGGGUUCAAUGAUUUGGAGAUUGAUCCACGGGGGAAUUUCUACUUGACGGAUUCGAAGUCGGGUUGGGGACGAGGAAUAAUUACGUUCACGCCACCCACAAACCCAACAGUCUACUUCUUCGAGCGCUCCACAUCGCGCAUAAAACCCGUGCACAUCACAACCGGCAACGCCAACGGUGUCGCCAUCUCGCCCGACGGCAAAACCCUCUAUGUCCCGGACACGGGUGUCUCAAAGUACUUUCCCACGGAGAAAACCCCAUACGGGAACCGGGCGCUCUCAGCCUUCGACGUCUCCGCGCCCGGCUCAGUCCUCUCAAACCAACGGCUCCUGUCCAAUCCAAUCUCAUACUUCUAUGACGGGAUUCGCGUGUCCAGAAAAGGGUGGAUCUUCUGCGGUGCCGGCGAUGGCGUGGACGUCAUUGAUCCCGAGACGGGGUUCACGCUGGGGACAAUCCGUGUUGGGGGCGGGCAGAAUCUUGCUGUGAGCGUGGCGUUUGGGAGGAACGAGCUUUGGAUUGUGGGGAGGGGAGGUGUAUGGCAUGUUAAAGGGAUAAGAGAGAGGUUGGAUCGGGAUUGGUAG